GUGUCCGCCUUAAUUGCCUGAAGAAUUUUUGUCGGUCUGGUCAAUGUGUGUUUCUGUGUUGCAUGUCCUUCAGUCCUGCCACAGUAUUUUUUAUACUACUCCUCUCAAACAUAUUAACUGAAAUAGGACCAGAAGCUAAUACCAAGCUUAACAUAUUGCUUAUUUUGUAUUCGUCUUUUUAAAACUACGCACAACAUGGAAUGCAGGGUGCUGUCAAUUCAGAGUCAUGUUGUCAGAGGAUAUGUCGGUAACAAAUCCGCGUCUUUUCCAUUACAGGUUCUGGGAUUUGAAGUGGACUCUGUUAACUCGGUGCAAUUUUCCAACCAUACAGGUUAUGCACACUGGAAAGGGCAGGUUUUGACAGCGGAUGAGCUCCAUGUUCUCUAUCAGGGUCUUAAACUUAACAAUGUGAACCAGUACGACUAUGUAUUAACAGGUUACACAAGAGAUACAUCAUUCCUAGAAAUGGUUGUUGAUAUUGUCCAGGAGCUGAAGCGGCAAAACCCGAAUCUUGUUUACGUUUGUGAUCCAGUGUUGGGUGAUCAUGGCUCUAUGUACGUUCCAGAGAAUCUCCGUCCAGUUUACAAAGAGAAGGUUGUUCCAGUGGCAGAUAUCAUUACUCCAAACCAGUUUGAGGCUGAGUUACUCACCGGGAAGAAAAUCAGUAUAGAGAAAGAAGCACUCGAGGUAAUGGACUUGCUUCAUGAUAUGGGACCGGACACUGUGGUGAUCACCAGUUCGGACCUGCCAUCUUCUUUAGGAGAAAAAUACCUGAUUGCACUGGGAAGCCACAAGAAAAUUAAUGCUGAUGGAACUAAAGUGACACAGAGGAUCAGAAUGGACAUCCCCAAAGUGGACGCUGUCUUUGUUGGGACGGGGGAUUUGUUUGCUGCCAUGCUGCUGGCCUGGACACACUUUCAUCCCAAUGACUUGAAGAUGGCUUGUGAGAAAACUGUUUCUGUCAUGUAUCAUGUCUUAAAGAGGACAAUCUCAUGUGCCAAAGACAUGGCAGGAGCUGGGAAGAAGCCAAGCGCAGCUCAACUGGAACUGAGGAUGGUACAGAGCAAAAAGGACAUUGAGAACCCAGAGAUUGUAAUACAAGCUACUGUGUUAUAAGCAUCACGUCAACCCCAAUACUGCACAAUGUAUCGAUGUUGUAAAAUUUGACCUGUAAUGUGACAUUUGCCUUAGAUCUGUAACAAAGCACAACAUUUCCAUGAUUCAAACAGCAAGUUUAAAGGCAAGAAAAACUAUGGGCCAGUGCCAGAAGGAUGGCGGUUCGGUUCCCUUUUCUCAGGCAUCUUUACUGUUUAGAGUUGUAUUAACCUUUCUCCAGUCUCCCUUUUUACUUAAUAGGUGACCAAAACUAGGGUAUGUUAUCUUAGUUUGGAUUACCUAUAAUAAUUGUAAAAACAGGGAAGUAUUUUUGCUGAUUGAAUAAGCAAACAAAAAAGAAAGGCAGUAUAACUGGUCUCUGCCAGUCGAUGUGUAUACAAGUAACUUUCAUCCCCUUUCUGCAGCUACCCUGCCAGUCGAUGUGUAUACAGGUAACUCUCAUCCCCUUUCUGCAGCUACCCUGCCAGUCGAUGUGUAUACAUGUAACUCGCAUCCCCUUUCUGCAGCCACCCUGCCAGUCGAUGUGUAUACAGGUAACUUGCGUCCCCUUUCUGCAGCCACCCUGCCAGUCGAUGUGUAUACAGGUAACUCGCAUCCCCUUUCUGCAGCCACCCUGCCAGUCGAUGUGUAUACAGGUAACUCGCAUCCCCUUUCUGCAGCCACCCUGCCAGUCGAUGUGUAUACAGGUAACUUGAGUCCCCUUUCUGCAGCCACCCUGCCAGUCGAUGUGUAUACAAGUAACUUGAGUCCCCUUUCUGCAGCCACCCUGCCAGUCGAUGUGUAUACAGGUAACUCGCAUCCCCUUUCUGCAGCCACCCUGCCAGUCGAUGUGUAUACAGGUAACUUGGAGAGAUAUUAUGCUUAUCCAUGAACCGCCCCCCCCCUCCCCCAUUUGCCAGAAUUGACGAUAAUUUAGUUGCAUUCUAGUGACAUGCAAUGUAUUGAGAAAGGUGUAAGGGAUAUAUACAAAUGCUCCCAAUCUCCUAUUAGCCUAUAUAUCUAAUGGUGUAAAAUCAUACCAACGUGUAUGACUUGGCUUGUAGGAGUAAAAACUGACAUAAAGGUCUGUUUCCAGCAUUGGGUUAAAAAAAAAAAACAGUCCCUCCCUUCUGUAAUAUUUGUUAUGGCCAAGAAAAAAAAGAGGUUAAUGCAGCUCUGAAAUAUAUUCUUCAUACUGCUUUACAUGAACCAGUGUACUGUACUUGUAAGAGUGUGUUCCUGUUGAGAGUGGAUGGGGGUAUCUACUGUAGUUUGAUUUUAUCAAGGUUUAAAAAGAUAUCGUGUUCUUCAUAAAAAAACAUAUAUCCAAUUUGGACAAAGGACUGCUUCACAUGAAAGUAGACCAAAUAAUACUGAGAUUGCAAUACAGAAGACUUUCACAGCAUAUUUUACAAGACACAGGUGGUUUAAUAAGCCAAGUAAUCAAAGACAUCUUGCUUUUAAUCUCUUCAUGACAUUUAUUUUGUAAUAGUUGAUGUGCUUUAAUUUGAAUAAAAAUAGAACAUGCAAAGUAAUCUUACCUUAAAUCACUUCCAUUUAAGAGAUUAUUGAUUUACUUGAUACCAAUGAUACUAAUUUUAACUGUGAUUUUAUAUAAGAUAAUUCUUGUUGUUGUUUUUCAAUUCACACCCACCCCACAUCAAUUUAUGAGCCAGAGCUGUGCUGUAGGGAAUGGUUCUUUUUCAGUUGAAUCAAGUAAGAGGAAGCAGUGACAGACAGUGGAUAUAGGGAACCCACAGCGAGCAUCAACAUUACAUGAUAGUAAGGGUGAGUUUAAGAAACAGUACUGUAAAUGGAGAAAGCUGGUCAUAUAGAGAUUAAUCUUUUUAAUAAGUAUUACCAGUAAUCACAAGAUUAUAGAAAAAAAGCAGCAUUGCCUUUUGUUAAUUUAGUCUUGUACAGCUGAUAUCCCUCAACCCUCCCAUAUCUGUAACUGUCUGUUAACAUUUAAAUGGUAUCCCAUGUUUUGUUUUUUUUUCAAUGGAAGAAACGUAUUUGACUGUCUGGUAAAAGUUCUUAGUUGUUUUCAUUUUUUGAGUAAGAAUAUUUUAUAACAUGUUUCAAUGAAGAUUGUAUUGUACAAAUCAGCAUUUAUAUAAUAUGUAUGGUAUAAUGCAAUAAAAAAAAAAAAAAAAAGAUUA